AUGGAGAAGAAGUUUCCAACAGUUGUGACCAUAGGAGGACGAAGAUAUGUUAAAAAUAAUAUUAACAAAAGUUCUGUCGAUGGAAGAAUGAAGUUAAGAGAAGCGAUUAAGUCCCUGGGUAGGAAGGUCCAGAAGUCCAAGAUUUCACAUUGCACUAUCGAGAGUAAAACUAGUUUGCAUGCUUACAAGCUGGACGAUUCCAAGGUCCUCUUCAACAAGAAUAACAAGCCUAUUGGAUUCAUAGUCACUGGAAAAUCAGAGACUAUUGAGAAGGCGAUAGGAAAAGAGAUUUCUAGAAAAAUAGAUGGAGAAGAUGUUCCAAAAGAAUCCGAAAACAUCGAAAGAGAGGAGAAGCCUUAA